AUGUGUCAAUGUGUUAAAUCAAUAACAUCAUCAACAGCAUUAUGUAAAACAACAGAUCCAACCAACACCACAACUCUUGGUGGGGCAACUGUAAUUAUACCACGAUUAGAGCAAUAUGAAACAUACGAUAUAAAGACGGAUAAAUGGACACUGAAGGUAACAACUAAGUUAAAGUGCAAGAUUGCUGGAUGCCUUGUUCCUUGUGUGGCUCGAGACAACAGCACAGGUCACUACACUUGUCAUGAAGGAAAUAAAAAAUGUCUUCCAAAAUGGUAUGGUGAAAAUUGUCUCAAAACUUGUGUCAAACCAAGUGACCCACCUGGAAACUACAAAUGUUCCAAGACUGGUGAAAAGGAAUGUCUUCCAAACUGGUUUGGUGAAAACUGUACAACAAACUGUAAUGAAACUGCUUCAACUUACACGUGUGACGUGGAUGGCAAGAAAAUCUGUUUGGAAAACUGGUAUGGUGGUAACUGCUCAAAAUUUUGCCAGAACACGUCUUCGACUUACACUUGUGACAACGCUGGAAAUAAACGUUGUAAAACAAACUACUUUGGUGAACACUGCUCAAGGUUUUGCAACAGCAGCGCGUUAACAUAUAACUGUAGUGAAAAUGGCGAGAAAAUUUGUUUGCGAAAUUGGUUUGGUAAAGACUGUUCAACAUUUUGCCACACCAGUGCAGAAAACUACCAGUGUUCCUUGAAUGGUACAAUUACCUGUGGGGAUAACUGGUUUGGAAAAGAUUGCGACAAAUUUUGUAACACCAGCGCUGUUAACUACUAUUGUGCUCGUAAUGCAACUAAAGUUUGUAAGCAAAACUGGUUUGGAAAAGAUUGCCACAAAUUUUGUAACACCAGCGCUGUUAACUACCAUUGCACUCGUAAUGCAACUAAAGUUUGUAAGCAAAACUGGUUUGGAAAAGAUUGCGAUAUUUUUUGUGACAAAAACGCCACCCACUACGACUGUGAUGAAGAUGGUGGGAAAAUCUGUUCACCGAACUGGUUUAACAAGAAUUGCUCAAAAUUUUGCAAUAGAAAUUCAGGGAAAUAUAACUGCUCUGACACUGGCGAUAAAACUUGUGUUCGUAACUGGUUCGGUAAUGCAUGCGAGAGGUUUUGUAACGAAAGUUCCUUACAGUACAAGUGUUUGUCUAAUGGGACGAAGUUGUGUUAUCCCAAGUGGUAUGGAACUGAGUGUUCUGUUCACUGUAACGACAGCUUGGUGGAAAGUUACAGUUGUGAUAACACAGGAAGAAAAGUUUGUCAGAAGAAUUGGUAUGGCGUAGAUUGCAACAAGUUUUGUAAUGAAACUUCAAUCAAUAAAAGAUGCGAUAAACACGGAGAGAUUGUUUGUAACCCAGGCUGGUUUGGGCUGAACUGUACCACUUACUGUAAUUCCAGCUCUCGUUACUACAAUUGUAGUGACACUGGAAGAAGAAUAUGUUCUCGAAAUUGGUUCGGAGAAGACUGCACUGUUUAUUGUGACAACACCACGUUGCGCUAUGUCUGUGAUAAAAACGGUGAAAGAGUUUGUUUACAAAAUUGGUUUGGUCAAAAUUGUACGAAAUUUUGCAACACAAAUGCAGAGACUUAUAAUUGCUCCUCAGAUGGUGAAAUAAACUGUCUACCAAACUGGUAUAGUGAAAAGUGUUCCGUUUAUUGCGAGGAUAACGCCACAACUUACACAUGUGAAAGCGACGGUAACAAAACUUGCUCAAAUGAUUGGUUUGGAGAACAUUGUAACGUUUUUUGUAACACGAGUUCAGUGAAUUUCAGAUGCAACGAAAGCGGGGAGAUGAUAUGUUUGCCAAAUUGGUACGGACAAGAUUGCAGCAAGUUUUGCAAUUCCAGCUGUAACCGGUAUACGUGCAAUACUGAAGGUCAUAAGAGAUGUUUGAUGAACUGGUUUGGCGAGAACUGCGAACGAUUUUGUGAGCAGAACGCGAGCUCGCACAAUUGCGACCAACAUGGCAACAAAACGUGUUUAAGAAACUGGUACGGAGCCGAAUGUGAGGUGAAUUGUCACGGGAUCGAAUCUCAUUCUGGACUUUUUAUGUGCAAAAUGAAGCCAGCAGCUACACCUGGCUGUCCUAAUAAAUGGAAAAAGAUAGCUUGCGAUUCAUCUUGCGCCGAAAAUAAGGAUAUAAUGGAGAUUCUGGCAGAGUGCAAAGAAAAUGAAAUAAAAUAUUUGUGCGCGAAGACGAAAGACGAUAUUCCAGAAUGCAUUGUGAACGUUUAA